AUGUCCUCUACCCUCUUUCCCGGUGUGGCUCUCGUUACGGGUGCAUCUUCCGGCAUCGGCAAAGCAACAGCAACAGCAUUCGCCCAAGAAGGCUGCACCCGCAUCGUCCUCGCCGACAUCUCCUCAGUCUCUCUAACCGCCACCACCUCCUCUCUAUCCCAACUCUUCCCUUCCGUCCAUUUCCUCGCAGUCAUCACCGACAUUUCCUUACCCUCCUCGGUCCGCGAUCUCUUCCGCAAAACCCUCGAUGAAUUCAAACGUCUGGACUACGCGGUAAACUGCGCAGGUGUAUUGGGCACUGCAAAAAAGUCUCAUGAAAUGACUUUGGAGGAAUUCGAUCAGAUUGUUAAUGUAGAUUAUCGCGGUUCGUGGCUGUGUUCGAGGGAAGAGUUGAAGAUCAUGGUUAAUCAAGAUCCGUUGCCGACGACUAAUGGAAGGCACGGGAAUAGAGGUAUUGUGGUCAAUGUGGCCAGUCAAUUGGGUAUUGUGGCUAGGCCUCAAGCACCGGCAUACUGUUCGGCCAAGGCAGCUAUCAUUGGUCUCACCAAAUCAGACGCUUUGGACUACUCCGCACAUAACAUCAGAGUCAACUGCGUGUGCCCUGGCGUCAUCGAGACACCACUCAUCAACGACGAGGUCAGGAAAGCAAUCUCGAUUGCUCCCAUGAACAGAGCUGGCACGCCCGAAGAGAUAGCCGACUGCAUCCUUUUCCUUUGCUCACCCAAAUCUUCUUUUGUUCAGGGUGCUGCCUUGGUCGCUGAUGGUGGAUACACCAUCAAUUAG